AUUCAUUGGCUAUUCAAGUCGUUUAUUUAUUCAUUCGCUUUUCCUCCGACUGCAUAGUUGCUAACUAACUAGCUCGGCUAGUCGCACGCAGCAAAGAUGUCGUUGUUUUCUCCUCACUCUUUUUUACUCACCCUUACGGUAGCCGGCUCGCUGACGGGCGCGGCAAACGCGGCUAGAAUGUUCCCUAUGGCGAACGCGACGGCGCAUAAUGGAUCCGUGGACGCGACUACUUUAUAUAAGAACACGAAUGAGGUCUUGGCAAUUCCGCUGAGGCGCCUUGAACAUCGCGGUGUUCCGACGACGAGCUUGGCCAGGAGAUAUUUCGGCACGGAUGUCCUCGGGGUUUAUGGCGCGGCUUAUUUCGCGGAGAUGAUGAUCGGUGGAAAUGACAAUCCACAAACUGUCAGCGUGUUGCUUGACACCGGUUCUUUCGAGAUGUGGGUUAAUCCGAAUUGCUCGGCGGCGAACGUUAAGGACUACUGCGAGGCAUUUGGGCACUAUGACCCGACUAUUUCGCCUACUGCAAAGAGUCUAAAUACGAAUUUUGGGAUCCAGUAUGGCCAGGGAAGCGCGAGUGGGGUUUAUUAUAAGGAUGAUGUUUACCUGUCUGGUGCCCAGAUCAAGGAGCAGCAAUUCGGCGUUUCGAAUACGUCAAGUGAUGUCUGGUUCGGCAUAUUAGGUCUUGGACGCGGCCAGGGAGGCGGUGUCGUUAAUUACUCGUCCAUCGUCGACUCGCUCGCCGAUCAGGGGUAUACAAAUAGCAAGUUAUUUAGUUUGGACUUGGGAGGUCAACCUGGUCCUUCUGCUGCCAUCACGGGAGAAAUGGUCUUCGGUGGAGUCGAUACCAACAAAUACUCUGGAAACCUAGCCAAGGUCCCUACCGAUCCCAAAGACCCACACUACGUCGUGACACUCAACUCUCUAUCCAUGCAAACCCCUAAUGCUGGCGACAACGCCAUCUCCCGCCGAAGUGAGCCCAUCAACGAUACCAGUCUCCCCCUCCAAGUGGUCGUUGACUCCGGGACAACGCUCUCCCUGCUCCCGGAAUCCAUGGUAACGGCCCUAGCUGCAGGCUUCCCAGGCGCUACAUCCGAUGGCAGCGGUGGCUACAAGGUACCGUGCGACCUGCGCAACUCAACGGAUAGCAGCUUGGACUUCGAGUUUGCAGGUGAAGGUAACGAAAAGGUCACGAUCACGGUUAGCUACGCCGAUUUCAUCUGGUAUGGUGGUGAUGAGUGCUUUUUGGGAGCCCAGUAUAAUAAAGACAUUGGUGUCUGGAUUUUGGGUGAUACGUUCUUGAGAGGGGCUUAUGUCACAUUCGAUCAAAGCAACAAUGCGCUAUACAUGGCGAACUACGCUAAGUGCGGCGAAGAGUCGAACUUAGUCCCCGUUCCUGCAGGUGUAGAUGCCGCGGCUAACAUUCCUGGUUCUUGCGAGAGGCCGGUCGUUGUGCGCCCAGCAUCUCCUGUUGAAUCCGGUCCGGACUGUACUGAGACUCUGUUACCACCAGCUGCUACUACGACUGCUACGUUGAACAGGCAAGCGAGUGCCGCGCCGGUUGCUCCCGAAGACGGUGAAUGCGACUGCGACGAAGAUGACAACGACGGCGGCGAGAUGGAAGAGUCAGCGCAGCGUUUUGCGUAUCAUUCCGAGCAUUUCGAAUACCAUGAGACUUUCACUGCUUCGGAGACUUUCAUUAGUACGAUGUUCCGACACAUCGUAUACACGAUGAGCGAACAAGAAUACACCCAUCACGAAUCCUUCGUCACCACAUUUUGCCCAGGCGACAUCCUACCUCCGCCCACCCCGUCUCUAGCCCACAUUGAGGUCCCGACGCAACCUAUGCCGCAGCCAACCAUCACGCCCACACCGGCUCAACCUGCCGUGGUCCAAGUAACGCAACCCGCAACCACGAUCCUAACGCAGAAAAUCGAAAUCACUACUACCGAGCGUUGCGAGACUAGCACUUAUACAGUCACUGCCUGCGACGCAGUCAAUGAUGGCUGCACAGUAGGCGCGACAACUACAAGAGUCAUGACUUUAAUCGACACAGUGACAGUCAAAGCUCACCCUGCCGCCUCCCCCCCUCCCCCGCCCUCUCCCAUCUCAAUCGAAUCAAUCGAAUCAACCUCAUCCUCCCCAACCUCCUCACCCCACACAACCUUCGCCCACCCCUCCGCCUCCAUCUCCCCAACCCCAACCCCAUCCCCAGCACCAACAGUAACCCACGCCCCGCAAUCCAUCUCCGUAGCCCCAGACACCCCCACCACCUUCUUCUCCUACUCCAACCCGCUCCCGCCUCCGCCUCCGUCCCCGCCCUCCCAGGGCGUCGCGUACGGGAACGCGAGCUGGGCGUUUAAUAACGGGAGUGUGGGUGCGAGUGCGCCGGUCAUCGCGGCGGCGCCGAGUCGGGGGUUUGGCGCUGGGGUGGGGAUGAAUGUGAAUGCGAACGCGCCGACGCCGACGAAGAGUAUGUCUACGGCUACGGCUACGGGGUUUGUGGUUCCCAUGUCUGGGGCUGCGGGGAGGAUGAGAGGGGGGGAGAGAGUGCUGGUUGAUGUGGGGUUGUUGGCGGCGAUGGUGGUUGCGUGGGUUGUGUUGGUGUGAUGGGGUUGAUGCUUGGUUAAAGGGGUUUGUGGGGUUGGGGUUGAGGGAUAGGGGAUAGGGGUGGUCGCCAGAUUGCUGGUUGAUGAUUGAAUGAAUACUUACGAUACCAAAAGGGAAGAAACCGGAGGAAAUAAGGGAAGAAAUCGGAGGAAAUAAGGGAAGGAAAUAUGGUGAUAAAGAAGGAUACUUGAGCGGUAAUGGAUGAAUGUCAUGGGGAUAUAAACCUAGGAAUAUCGGCACGGUUAUGGGGGAUAUUUGGUUCUCAGGGGUAGAAUCAUGACAGGAUAGGACUUGGUAGGCUGGACAUCCAAACCAGCCCGGCUUCAAUUAGCAGAUAGAUGGAUAUCUCGUAGUUUCUUUAGAUACCUAGGUAGUAGACUUAAUUCGAAUCUUUUGAAGUUAA